UGUCCUAGCAACGCUUAAGGUCUAUUCUCCGAACUCGCAACAAAAAUGCCAUCUUAUUUUCAAUUACUUUAACCGAAAAAUACAUCUCUGAAACACAACAAGAGUGAGGCUGAAAUGAUUAAGGAAAAGUUGAGUUUUAAGUGUGAUAGGCUCCUGUCACACCAGCAGCUCGCAUGCUGCGACUGUUACUGUGGUAUGCCUCACCAGGGCAACAAUGUGCUCAUUUACAACAAUAAGAAGACACAACAAAAGCCACUGCUACUAACAGGUCACCACGGUGACGUCAGUGCCAUGACUUUCGGAAAAAGAAGCAGUCCUGUUACCUUGUGUUCUGCCUCUUCUGAAUAUAUUAUUAUUUGGGAUAUUGAGGAAUGUCAGAAAAGAACAGAAGAGGGUAAACUUGCUGCUGGAACAGUGAUCGGUACUUUACUGGGGAAUGUUGUGUAUCUCUCAUUCUGCUCCAAUGAUGAACUGGUAGCUGUAUGCUCAGGAACAACUACUUAUGUCCUCAAUUCAAAGAGACAGGCAGUGAUUUUCACAUUAAAUGGCCACCUUGGAUUUUUAACAUGUGCAGAGUUCUGUCCAUGGAACACAAAUAUUCUUGUCAGCACCUCAGAGGAUCGGACUUUUAAGGUUUGGGAUUUAAAAACUGGAGCUGUUUUCUACCAAUCCUUUGUCCUUGGAGAGUCUCCUCUACUUAGCGUGUUGUUCUUGGAGGAGGAAGAGCAGCUUAUUACCGGCUCAACUAAUGGACAGGUCUGGUGCUUUUCUUUUGAUGAUGACCAGAAAUGCCAUCUUGUGAAAAAAAUGGACCUUCAAAAGAUGGAGAAAAGAUAUGAAAUGCGCCAGGAGACACUGAGCAAGCCACAAGAUGGUUCUGAACAAUUGAUUGCUAAUAAAGUGGAGAUCUCAAAGCCUGUGUUCCAAAUGGUUUCAUGUGGCUCAUUUGCAGAAAUCCAGUUUGGUCAAGAAAUAGACAACAGCUGGUUUUGUGUAGGAAGCUCCAACGGUCUGUAUGUGGUGGAGUUUGCUACCUCAGAACUCCUAACGGUGCUGUAUUUCAAAGACAACCCCACCCUAAACAUGACCAUGGCUGGAUCAUGGUCAAUCUGUGUCGGAGCUGAUAAAUCUAUGGUUGUUCUAGUGAGCUCUUUGUUUACUCCAUGUGUGGUCUUGCUGGAGUUAUGCUUGAGUAACCUACGCAGGACAAGAGAAGAAGGUGGUUCAGGGUUUUAUGUCUUUCCAAGUUCUCCUCCACUGCUGGAAUCUCCUCUAAAUGCAGAGUUAAAGAGGAAGGAACCCACCCAUCCGAAAAAGAAAGGAGGAAUAAAGGAAAAGCCGCUAGUUUUUCACUCAAAAGUGAAGUCAUCUGGAUACAACACCACCCCAAGAAUGACUAUGUUUUCAGCACAAACCAAUGCUCAGAAGAAAACAUCACCUAAAAAGUCAAUAAAACAUUUGGGAUCACUCCAUAGCAACUACUCAGAGGACAGUGCAGCACCAAAUGAACCACGUAUCUCUCUUAACAUUGCCAACAAACAAGUCUCAUGCCUUCAGUAUUCAGGUGAUGGAAAAAAAAUCCUGUGUGGUCUUGGCGACCGCUCGGUAUUAUUGUACAACUCCUGCCUUACAGGUAGUCCAACUGCCUUCAUAGGUCAUGACAAGCCAGUUACCAGUGUGAGCUGGAGCCUCUGCAGGCAAUGGUGGCUGAGUGCAGCAGAAGAUCUAUCAUUACGGAUCUGGACCAAAUCCAGCUCAGAGCCUGCUAUUAUCUUGGGUGACACUAUGUUCUCCAAACCCAUUAGAGGUGCUCAGUUUUAUUAUCUUGACAAAUUUCUGGUCCUAACAUCUGGACCUUCUCUAUACUUAUACCUGUAUAAUGUGGACCUCACUCGUGAUGAUGUAAAAAGAUAUAAGCAGCGGAGCAUCAUCAAACUGGCAAGUUGCUUAACGCCAUCAGCCUCGGACAUCACAGCCCUUUCUGCAGUCAAUGAUUUCCUCUCAUACAUUGUUCUGGUGAGUUGUUCUGAUCGGUCCAUUCAAGCUCUGGACAUGAACAAAGGUGCUGUUGGUUCUAUGCUGCCUGAUGCCCACACCAGAGCUAUCCACUGCAUCACACAGAACAAGGGAUCUACAUUCACCUCACAAGCUCCAGAGUCAUACAACCUAUUCCUGACCAGUGCAGUCACAGAUGGUGUGAAGCUGUGGGACCUUCGCACAAUGAGAUGCGUGCGUCGUUAUGAGAGCCAUGUGAAUCUCUCCCAUGCAUGUUCCUCAGCCAUCUCACCAUGCGGCCGGUUCAUUGCCUCUGGCUCUGAGGAUAAAUGUGCAUAUCUGUACGAUAUUCGUGCCAGCACCUAUCUCUACAAACUCCAGAGACAUUCAGACACAGUCCUCAGUGUGGCUUUUAACCCUGCAACACCAGAGUUGUUAACAGGAACCUUGGACGGGAAGCUACGACUGUUUCAGUCAAGCACAGGGUCCCAUUUGUCCCAUGACACCAGCGGCGCUGUUCUUUGCAUCUCUAACGUGACGGCGUAAUUACAGCUGGCUGCAGGAAACACCAUGCAGCUUUCAUUAAGGGAGCUGAAACCCACAGGCAAGGAUUUUAUAAGAAAGGAAGAAUUUAAGUAUUUUGUUUCUGUUUCUUAUAUCUAAAUGAAGAUCAGAAACAUGCUAAGCGUCACUGCUGAUGUAUGUUCUUUUUUGUUUGCUAUGAAUUUUAAAAAUGAGCAACACAUUGCAGCUUGUUCAUCUUUGCUAAUCUCCAAGUGUUUACUUGUUUCCUUCUGACUGAGAGUCAGAGGAAUGUCAGAGUUAACCACACUAGUGCGGGAAGUCUGUAUUUGACAAUUGUAGAUAAAUUUACAAGAAGCAUUAUUAUAGAUCAUUCUAAUUUAUUAAGCAUUUAGACAGUCAACCAUUACAAUAACUAUUGUUACUUAUGUGGAACAGACGUAUAGUAUCACAGGCGGUGGCCUCUGUUUACCAAAUCACUAUGUCAGAGCCAUGACAUCAACUGGGUGCAACCUUUUUGACUGCCAGAAACACAUAUGCUCCUACUGUUCAUACUAACAAACCAGGCUUCAGAUUUUGUAGCUCCAUAGUAAAUCUUUUCUCCCUGAAUCAUAAGUAAUGACACAAGUAAUAAUAUCCGUAGGGUAAAGAUAAAAAGUCUUUUAUGCAUUUUAUUCCGAUGAUGCACUAGUGUGGUCUAUUAAAAACAGUCUAAAGGACAUGAGAAUGUCUUUAAUACAAGACAUAAACCUAAAUGUAGAUUUAGCUCUGAUUAUAAUUUGAAGCUAGAGCGCCAUAAUACAUUGAAUAUCAAAUAUUAGUGUGCAAUAUUGCUUCACAAAGGGCUAAUUUUGCAUAGUAUUAUGUUUUAAGUGUAGCUGAUUAAUGCUAUUUAUAAUAAUAAAUAACAUUAAGACUAUAACAUCCCUGAAUGUACACC